UAGUAUACUGUAUGCUUGUGUCAAUAACAAUUGUAAAAUACUUUGCUAUUUACCGUAGCUAGCAUGAAUCAAACAAUGGCGGAAAAUUUUGCAAAAAGGGCGUUUCCCCGCAUUUGCGAGUGUUUGAAGGGCGUGGUCCAAAAAAUUUCUGGGGGUGCGCCUCAAACCUCCCCACUUCUCCAGCCCUGGGUACGCCACUGAAUCUAGUAUAUGACAAAAAAUAAGCACCUGUGACCAGAUUAAAUCGAUUUUAAAGCUCCAAUCAUACCUAGGUGUUAUUAACGAUGAUAAAAGAGGGCAAUGCCUUUCAAAAUUACGAAUGAGUGUAAUAAUCAUGAAGAAGAGGCUGGAAGAUUGUGGAACAAAAGAAUAGCAAGGCCUGGAAGGUACUGCAAAUGCUGCUUGUCAAAAGGAACGAAGGUUGUAGGAGAUGAGAUGCAUUUCGUAAUGAUGUCUUCAGUUCCAAAAGGAAAGACCAAAUUUAAAAGUAAAGACAAAAUUUAAUCUCAACAUACAAGUUUCACUUUAAUUUGUUUAGUCUUGCUUUACUAUUACUUUGUCCUUAGGUUAACCUUUUUUAUUAUAUCUGGUGUUUGUUGCUAUUGUUAUAUAAAUGUUAUAAAUUUUUAUUGUAGUUCAAAUCGUAUUCAGGUGAGAGGCCUUUUUGUUCUAUAUAUCUUUUCUUAAAAAACCAUAGUUAAAAGUUAGGUGAUUCGAUUCUGGUAAUAAACAGUCAUAUGUGUACAUGCAGUAUGUUGAUAAACAGCGAGGAUGACUGUGCUAUGUGCAUAACAAUAUUCGUUUGAUUUCGAGGUUGAGCUCUGUGAGGGUAGCUUGAAAUUUGCAAUUCAAUUUGAAAAAGACAAAAAACGUGGACCGAACCUCUUAUAACGAUUUAUCAUUAUCGUACAUGUAUGAUUAAAUCUAUACGUAUCAACCCCCUUAUAACAAAGAAGCAGAUGUUCUGAAUUCUUUCUAGGGAGAAAGUGCUUUUGUUGCAAUGAACGGUGAUGAAUAAACAACAUUUUCUACAACUAGCUUCUACCAACUCUGCAAAAGAAGAUAAAUUACAUGAGUACCGCAAGGGGAUAACAAGAGAGCAGCCAUUAAAGAAAACGGAGUCUCCUGUUUAUGUAAAUAGGAGUCUUGUCAUCCGCAAACAGGAAUGGUAUCCCCCCGUCAUAUUCCAUUACAACCGAAUUCGACCUCCGUUGCACCUGCUCCUCUGUUUUGUUUGCCUGCUCAUUUCUUGCGGGUAUAUCGCUUCUUACACGUAGAUUUAUAUAUCUAGAAGAAGCAUCCCUAACUUCAACACAGGCAUCGCGCUUGACAUCAUUUGAUUGUGAAGAUGCAUGAAGAAAGUGGGUCGAUACCUGAGCAGAAUCUGUGGUCUUGGUUUGACAGUACGAAAAUGAGCAAUAUCGAUGCAAAAACAAGCUAUCCAGGUGAGUCAGCAAAAAGCACCCAGCAUCUAAGAAUUUGUGCAAAGAAAAACACUGCAAUGAAACUGCCUGUCGAAUAUGGAGAUGGAACAAAUGAGCGCAGUUGCAAGCGUAGAUUUGGCAAAAAGAUUGGCAUGACGAGAAAACGUUUACUCCUCGUAAAAUGUUGCCUUGGAAGUAAAUUGAGUUUUGAUGACUUUCCAGAAGAAGAGAUAGCAACAACUGCAAGUUCUAGUUUAUCAACUGUGCUUGGCCAUGCUGUGACAUCAUCCGCCACGAAGAUGCGCUUCACCGAAAUUCCAGGGCCUUUUCAAGGUGAUGACAUCACGUCAGUUUCUAGUUGCAAGUGCAUUCGUAGAGGACUGGAACCAAACUUUCUCAAAAUAGAAAAUAUCAGGAUACAUGCAAAAUCUCAAGAGCAAAUUUUACACAAAAGAAAUGGGAGCUACAUUUACAGUCCAUUAGAUGCCAUCGAGCCAAGGUCUCGCUCGCAUUCUCGGCAGACAUUUGCUUCAAGCAGAAAUAAUACUUUCUCGCGGUCUUCGUCUUUGUCAGAGUGGCAUAUUCCAUACGAAGAUAUCAUGCUUGAGGAAAUGGUAGCAAGAAGUAUGAAAGGCCCUGUCUACAGGGGACGCUGGCAUGGUGAAGUAAUGGUGCACAGGAUUUCAAAGACCAAGAAAGAUGACUUUCUUAGAGAGGUGUCACUUCUCAACCUAAUUCGACAUGAGAAUAUCAUUUUGUUCAUGGGUGCCAGCUUCGAAGGUCCUGAUUUUGCAAUUAUCACAAGUCUUGUCAAAGGAUUCAGCCUAUACACGCAUAUUCAUGAGAAGAAAACAAUGUUUGAACUUUAUUUCAAGCUGAGUAUUGCGAUACAAAUUGCCCAGGGUAUGGAAUAUUUGCAUGCUAAAAAGAUUGAACUGGGAAAACUUUGCUCAAGAAAUGUUUACUUGGAGUCAAAAGUGAAGAUAGCAAUGACAGACUACAUAAGCAGGCACAUCCCAGUGGUGAACCAACGCUACGGAUACAUCCCUGACCGUCAGAUCAUGUACUUUAGCCCAGAAUUAAUGAAGUCGCUUCGGAUAAAGGAAAACACGCUGUUGAGUGAGCGAUCUGCUACGCUAGCCGGAGAUGUUUUCGCAUAUGGGACAAUAUUGUAUGAAAUUUUCUUGGAGGUGUAUCCAUACGCGGAAGAGCAUUUAGAAAUUGUUAUAUGGAACUUUUCAUGCGGCAGAAGAUUGAAUGCCUUGGAUGAUAUUCCGAUUGCAGUUGGGAGAGAGCUUUUCGAACUUUGUUGGGAUCAUGAAGCAUCAAGAAGGCCUGCUUUUCAAGAAAUCCUCGAAACGCUGCGUAAACAAGGCAAAAGGAGGCUGAAAAGACAACAUAGCAUUUCUCAGCCAAGUGUCAUUGACCUCUCUUUGGCAAGCUCGGUAAUGCAAUUCAUGGAAAAAUCCGGCAACGACUGAGUUUUUCUUCCCUCCAUGAUUCUUAAAAAUCAACGUGGGGCUUUUUAGAAUAAAAUCAGCUUAAAGGGACGGGUAUUCAGAACACAUAUAAUGCAUAAACUUAAUCAUGAUUCAGACAAACCUGUUCAGCAAAAAUAAUUUUCAUCCAGCAACAAAAUAUUUCAUUCGCAACAAUAUACUUUCAAAAGUUAUAAAAAAUUUAUUUUCAAUAAUCAAGGAAAGGGAAAUUUUAAAAGACAAAGUCAAGAUCCUUACAGUCACUUUAUUGUUGAUGUUUCACAAUUUGGUUACUUAUUUUGACCGAAGGACAAUCACUUGCCUUUACGUAGAUUAUGAUUCCGACUGAGAGAGCAAACUCUCUCUGUCUGCUCAAAUUAAGGUUUUUUUUGCUUUGAUAGACACACAUUCUUAAGUUAAGCUUCUCUUCAAUGAUAGUUUUUUUUGCAAAAUGCUCAUUUUUGCGCAGUUUUGAAAUUUGAUGGAAUGGAAUGCUUAUUUAAAAACCAAAUCGUACUUAGAUUUUGCUAAUGUGCCGAUUUGGCACUAUGGGGUUUUGUGCAGAAUUUUAAAAAUGGUUUGACGUAAGUGUUUAACGUUGUGUUGUAGCUAGUUUAACGACACGUAUUUUAUGAAUAACAUGGAUACUAGAGCUCAACCUUG